CGCGGGCGGGACUGACAGGUCGGCGGGCAGGGCCGUGGGGUCGGGGCCAGCCCGCGCACCUCCGUGCGAGGCCGUGGCGAGGAAGCGAGGUCGCCGGGGGGAAGGCAUGGAUUUGGUGUCCCCGCAGUCUGGCUUACACGUAAAGAAUGCAGCCAUCUGGCGGCUUGCGGUCCCUGGACUUGUCCCGAAGAUCGAAAUUGGGCAAAGCUUAGACACCUUUUUAGACAGGUGUUCUUAAACGCUACUGACAACACGAAUCUGACAGUAUUUCAUGACAAUGGAUGGUGACAGUUCUACAACAGAUGCUUCUCAGCUAGGAAUUUCGGCAGACUAUAUUGGAGGAAGUCAUUACGUUAUACAGCCUCAUGAUGAUACUGAGGACAGCAUGAAUGAUCAUGAAGACACAAAUGGUUCAAAAGAAAGUUUCAGAGAACAAGACAUAUAUCUUCCAAUUGCAAAUGUGGCGAGAAUAAUGAAAAAUGCCAUACCUCAGACGGGAAAGAUUGCAAAAGAUGCCAAAGAAUGUGUUCAAGAAUGUGUGAGUGAGUUCAUCAGCUUUAUAACAUCUGAAGCGAGUGAAAGAUGCCAUCAGGAGAAACGGAAGACAAUCAAUGGAGAAGAUAUUCUCUUUGCCAUGUCUACCUUAGGCUUUGACAGUUACAUAGAACCUCUAAAGUUAUAGCUUCAGAUAUUCAGAGAGGCUAUGAAGGGAGAGAAAGGAAUUGGUGGAACAGUCACAGCUACAGAUGGACUAAGUGAAGAGCUAACAGAAGAGGCAUUUACUAACCAGUUACCAGCUGGCUUAAUAACUGCAGAUGGGCAACAACAGAAUGUUAUGGUUUACACAACGUCAUAUCAACAGAUUUCUGGUGUGCAACAAAUUCAGUUUUCAUGAUCUGAAGAAAUGAUGGAAUGGGGAGUGUAGAGAAAUGCAAGAAUCUGUAUGAUUCCGGAACAGAGACGUUAGAAGGA